AUGGACAAGCAAGAGAAGAGAGGAGAGACUAUCAAGAAGAUAAUAGCAUCAUUUGGACAAGAUGGUGUCGAUUCAAGAACUGUCCUCGUUGGUGAAGCUGGUAUAGGCAAGACAUGGCUUGCAAAACAAGUCAGCGAACGUGUAACUGAAGGAAAAUCUUCGUCUUACAAUGUCUUCUGGUUAAAUUUGAACAGAAAGAUUGGUGACGAGAAGUCGCUUUACGAGAAUCUAGCAGCUCAGUUUUCGUUAUUUCACGAAUACGAAGAAGGCGAAAAAGAAGACAAUGAGAAAGAUGAUUCACUGGAGAGCUUGCAGAAGAAUAUAACAGAAAAGGUCAUCAAGAUGAAGAAGAAUCUUCUCUUGAUUUUGGAUGAUGAAGGAAAAAUGACAACCGAAAAACAUGUAAUGGAAGUCCUAAACCUAAAAGGGUUUCUUAAGCAACACUCAACAAAAGGGUUUCUUAAGCAACACUCAACAACUCUAAAGACUCUAGUCAUAAGAAGAGAUGAAGAAAAGGAGGUUGAAUCAACGACAACAAUCAAAGUCGGUCCGCUAACAGAAAAAGACUCAUUGGACUUACUCCGCGAUUCAGAGAAGUUACUCGAGUCCUAUACCGGUGAAGAUUGGCCAGUUUUACUGGAGAGCCUUUGCAAAAACGGAGAGAUCAAAGAACCUACUUUGAUGUCUUGCAUUGUGACCAAGAGCAAGGGCUUACCGGCUGCAAUUGUUGUCUUAACCAAGACACUAAAAAGCAUCAAGUCCAAGUCACUAAACAGCAUCAUGCCGCUGUCUGCGAAACAGAGGAACAUCUUCAAAGAACUAAUCCUAUCUUCCAAGUCAUUAGAUGCAGCCGCUGCUUCCAAGAACGCUAAAGAUCUCAGCCGCUACAACGCCGUCUUGCGUUUAAGCUACGAGCUGUUAAAGCUCGAUGAGACGGUCAAAAGUCUUUUCAUUGCUUGCUUUUGGCAUGUCCUUGACUUCUACGAGUACUCUGGAUGCGCUUACUACCGCGACCUAAUCGUGCAUUGGAUGCUUGAAGGGUAUUUUGAUCCGGUUAAGUCGGUUGCGAAAGCUUAUCACGACGGACAUGCAAUUUUAAUGGAGUUUAUGAACAGAGGAAUCUUGAAGGUUCAAGAAGACAACAUGGUGGUUCCAGAGGUGUCUAUGAGAGAUCUAUUAGAUCUUGAAGAUUGUGGAUUCUUUGGAAGAUCUUGUCUUGGAUUCAACAGAGUAUAUGGUGGAGACAAGACAAAAGGGCUUGGGAGAAUCAUCUUGAUCGAUGAUAUGAUUCAGACAAUUCAAUCUAAGAAGGAGAAGAUCAAGACGAUUAUCGUUAGCGGAAAUCGCCUGCGUAGAGAGGUUCAUGGGAAGUUCUUUGAGCAAAAAGAGAUGCAAGAUCUUGAAGUUGUUGUCCUCUUUGAUCCAACGUUUCAAGAUCUUGUUUCAUCUUUAUCUAAACUAAAGAAACUCCGAGUACUCGUGAUCAGAGACUGCGAUCUAAUCGAAAACAUCGAUAAGCUCGCGGUUCUUCAAGGCCUACAUGUUCUUGAAGUCUCUGGUGCAAGUUCUCUGACUAACAUUCCUGAUGAUUUCUUCAAGAACAUGAGUGAGCUUCAAAGUCUUAACCUUUCAGGACUCCCAAUCAAAUCAUCGCCUUCCACAAUCGAAAAUCUAAGCGAGCUCCGCUGUUUCAUCCUAAGAGACUGCUCUGAGUUACAAGAUCUACCUAACUUCAAUGUGGCAACAAAAGAACUAGAAGUUAUCGACAUUCGUGGAGCUCGGAAACUCGAGUCUUACUUCGAUAGAGUUAAAGAUUGGAAAGACUAUAAAGGCAAGAACAAGAACUUCGCUCAUCUUCGACGGCUCGAACACUUAGACUUCUCGGAGACUCAAAUCAUUCGACUACCGAUCUUUCAUGACUCAAGUUACAGCACAAUGCCAACACUGACUCGGCUCUUGAUUCGAAACUGUACAAGGCUUAAGAGAUUGCCACAGCUUAAUCCAUUGACUAAACUUCUGAUUCUUGAUGUCUCUGGUGCUACAAAGUUAGUGGAGAUGCUUGAAGUGUGUUUAGAGGAGAAGAACGAGCUUCGAACCCUCGAUAUUUCAGAGACGAUUCUUCCUGAGUUAGCGGACACGAUCAAUGCUGUUACCAAUCUUAAUCAGCUUCUAGUAAGAAACUGCUCCAAGAUUACAUGGAUUCCAAGCAUUGAGAAUCUGACACACCUUGAGGUUUUCGAUGUUUCGGGUUGCAAUAAUUUGGAGAGGAUUGAUGGAUCCUUUGGGAAAAUGUCUUACCUCCACCAAGUGAAUCUUUCCGGAACGAAUCUCAGUGAGUUACCUAACAACAUUUCAAAGCUAUCUAACAUCAAAGAGCUCAUCAUAAGAAACUGCUCCAAGCUAAAGGCUCUUCCAAAUCUUGAAAAGCUAAUACAUCUUGAGAUCUUCGAUGUUUCGGGCUGCACCGAGUUGGCGAAAAUCGAUGGAUCAUUCGAGAAGAUGUCUAACCUCCGGGAAGUGAAUCUUUCGGAAACCAAUCUCGGUGAGUUACCUAACAAAGUCUCAGGGCUACCUAACAUCAAAGAGCUCAUCAUAAGAAACUGCUCCAAGCUAAAUGAUCUUCCAAAUCUUGAGAAGCUAAUACAUCUUGAGAUCUUCGAUGUUUCGGGGUGCACCGAGUUGGCGAAAAUCGAGGGAUCAUUCGAGAAGAUGUCUUACCUUCGCAAAGUGAAUCUCUCUGGUACUAAACUCAACACGUUUCCAGAGCUACCAAAAGAGAGCAUCCUCUCUUCUCCAAAACUCAUUGUUCUCGCAGAUUCGACGUGUUUAGAACGAGAAAAUUGGAGCCAAAUAAAAGAGUGUUUAGCGAUGAAGUCAGAGGGAUCUAGCUUCUCUAAUGUAGCGGAGAAAACCGGCGGUAAAAACGACAAACUUGUUCAUCAAGGCAAUAGAUACAAAGAUCUUGAUCCUGAAAGUCCUUUGAAUAUCAUUGAUAUUAAAACAUCAAAGGAUCUUGGAACAGAGGUUAUAUCCAAAGCAGAGUAUGUCUCCAUUUCAGAGAAUGAAUCCGCAAGCGUAUCUUCGAUCUUCGACAACUUUAAGAUGAGAUCGGUUAAAGGUUGUUGGGUAGAGAGAUGCAAGAAGAUGGAGACUCUCUUCACAUUAGAUGAGAAACAAGAGAAAGAGACAACAACAUUGGAGACUCUUUGGAUCUCAAAUCUUCCAUUGCUUAAAAGCUUACACAUUACUAAAGGAGGAUUCAUCUUCAAGAACCUUAAGAAGCUAAGCAUAGAUUGUUGUCGAAACAUCAAAAUUCUCUUCCCGGAGAUUCCUGAUAAACUCGAGACUCUUCGUGUGACGUUCUGCGAUCAACUCGAGAGAUUGUUUGAAGAAGAAGAAGACGUAGUAUUAUCGAAUCUUCGCAAGCUUUACCUCCUUGAUUCGCCUGUUGUAUGGACUGCUGGAGUUAGAUUCCCGAAUCUAGAGAUAUACAGAGCUGAGAAAUGUCCGAAUUGGAAAGCUACAAUAGAAGAACUGAGGCUAGGAACAAGAAGAACAGAGGAAAUUACAGAGGAUCACUCUCACAGAAAUGUUGAACCUGAAAUCGAAAAUCCUACUCAGCCAACGGAAGCUACAAUAGAAGAACUGAGGCAAGGAACAGAGGAAAUUACAGAGGAUCAGUCUCACAAAAAUGUUGGGCCUGAAAUCGAAAAUCUUACUCAUCCAACAAAAGCUACAGGCCCAAUUUAA